AUGGGGUUAACGUUCACGAAGCUGUUUGCGCGGUGGGUGGGCAAGAGGGACAUGCGCAUCCUGAUGGUGGGGCUGGACGCGGCGGGCAAGACCACCAUUCUCUACAAGCUCAAGCUGGGCGAACUCGUUACUACCAUCCCCACCAUCGGCUUCAAUGUGGAGACAGUGGAGUAUAAGAACAUCAGCUUCACUGUCUGGGACGUGGGGGGACAGGAUAAGAUUCGCCCCCUGUGGAGGCAUUAUUUCAACAACACACAAGGGCUCAUCUAUGUCGUCGAUAGCAACGACAGGGAGAGAGUGAUGGAGGCGAGGGAUGAGCUGCACCGCAUGCUCAACGAGGACGAGCUACACGACGCCACCCUCCUCAUAUUUGCCAACAAGCAAGACCUCCCCAAUGCGAUGAACGCUGCAGAGAUCACCGACAAGCUCGGCCUUCAUGCACUGCGCAGCCGCACCUGGUACAUUCAGAGCACCUGUGCCACGUCAGGAGAAGGCCUGUACGAGGGACUUGACUGGCUCUCUAACAACAUAUCCGCUAAAGAUUAA